AUGAGCGGUGUCGAGCUGAUCGUUGGAGCCGUUCUUGGCUCCAUCCCUAUCGCGAUCGAGGUCUACGACCGAUCCGGUAGAGUCUUUGAGGUGUUCUCUGCCUUUAAGAAAUACCCGCGGGAAGUGUCCAUUCUGGAUGCAAAGCUGAGCGUGCAACGCACCAUCUUCCGCAACAACGCCAUUAACCUCCUCAACACCGUCACGAAGGAUCAGGCAAGCGUCCUAGAAGUCGUCAACCGGCCCGCAUCGGCGGCUGCCAGGCGGGACCUCACCAUGGCGCCAGUGUACCGAAAUCGGAUAGAUGCUCUGGGGGAGUCUUUCAGAUCCUGCGCCCAGACAGCCGAGCAGAUCCAACACAGCCUCCAGGUGCUAUGUUCGCAAUCUGAUGAUUUCCGGGCUCAGAUUGGCGAGAGGCAGGAUGAUAUCAGCACAUCAGAAUGGCUGAAGCACGUCAAGGCUCGCUUUCGGCUGGCAUUGGGCAAGCCCAAAAUGGAAGAGGCCAUUACGGAACUCCGAGAGCUCAACAGAGACUUUGGUCUGAUCACGGAACAAAUCAUCAAACACUUGCAACAAGUUUCGGAUGGAGACAGUGAAAGAAAAUUUGCAACCCGCAGACCGGCUAAAAGUCUCAACGUGCUGCAACAAUAUUACAGAUCCCGCUACACCUCCAAGGCCCUAUAUUCCACGCUUCAGAUGCAAUGGAACUGUAGCACUCAUCAGUACCACUCGUUUGACGUGCGGAUCAUUGACGCUGAUCGUGGAAAGAGUAACGGAAAAGCCAAGGCCAUAUCCUCUCGAUAUGUCACCUGCGAGCUGGCAGUCACCCAUGACGAUUCGUCCUCUCCCUCGAAAGGGCCACUUCAUCUCGAGAUCCAACAAGCCUGUGAAUCAGACGAUGAAGAACUUGAGCAACGAGCAGCUGAUACAAGAGUUUAUCAGCUUACGCAAGUACUCGAAACGAGCGCUGAUCGACUCAAGGUGGAAGUUUCCACCGGCAAGAAAUCAAGAGUCCAGAAAUUCAUAGGUCGAUUCAGAAAAGAGAAGCAGAGUGUCGCAGUCGCUUUCGAUAACGCAUCAACGCCCCAACUGCCAAACCUUGCGCAAUCUAUGUCCGAUUUCCAUCUCAGUGAUCACUCUACCCAGCUGAGCACCUCAUCCUCAACCGACUUGCCACUUAUCGACGACGUCUGCAAGACGGCAUACAAUAGCGUAGCGUGCUGCAACGAUAGAUCUUUCCUCGGUUCGUGGAACGGCCCUCACGCUGAGUGGUUCUGUGUCCCAGCAGCGCUUUCGUCACAAUAUGGCGGGUCGAUGGCACUUUCAGAUAUCAUCAUGUGGAUUUCUGAGGAGCCUGUGCUUCGUUCCCUGCCUCGGCCAAUACUGGUCGAGCUGGCUGGCAACGUAGCAGAGGGUAUUAUGCAGUUCUACUCUACGCCUUGGCUGGUCUCAGGUGAUCUUGGACAGAACGUGCGAUACUUCGGCCCUAACGCAUUAAAUUCUACCUCAAUUCGGCUCAAAGGGCCAUACUUUAUGGCACGGCUCAAGAAUAAGAAGGGGAAAGGCCUCCUCCAGCCUCCUCAGGCAGCUGUGUCCUCGGGCGAGGGCAUCACGCUCUACCGCACAGUCCGCUUCUUAGAGGCACGCAACGAACUACUAUUCAACUUUGGAAUCCUGAUGCUCGAGAUCGGUUUCGCACGGCCGUGGUACGAGCUGAAGCAGGCCGUGACAGCAACCCUUGGAAAGCUGUCCGACUACAAGAUCGCCGAGAAACUGGCGGGGCAGCUGGUCAAUCAGCUCGGGUUGACGUACCCAAAGAUUAUCAGAAAGUGUCUUGGGUGCGACUUUGGACUGGGAGAGACGGACAUGGACAAUGAAGAUCUGCAAAGGAGGUUUUUGGAGGACGUGGUUGCGGGGCUACAAGAACUGAAGGACUACAUGACGGAGAUGAAUAUCGCGCCUUUGGGAUAG